AUGAAGAAUAGACACUCAUCAUUAGCAGUAUUGGAACUCAUACACAGGUACGGUCCAUGUGCUGACGAGCUGCAGCUCACGAAGCCAAGAAAACCGACGAGACACGAUGUUGCUAGCACUCCUCUCAGCCCUGUCGAAUUCCAAUUAUACAGCUACUACAUCGUCACCAUGGGCUUCGGCACGCCAGAACAAAAGAUGUCCCUCUUUGUGUCCCUCGGAAGCGACGUUACAUGGAUUCAGUGCAAACCGUGCCAUAAGGGGAACUGUUAUAGACAGAAAGACCCAUUGUUCGACCCCUCCAAAUCCACUUCCUACUCCCACAUCCCCUGCAAGUCUACUCAAUGCUCUAUCCUGGCUCCCGACACCCCUUCUGGCCCCACCUGCUCCUCAACUGGCAACUGCGCUUACAGAGUCAAUUACACCGAUGGCUCCGAAACUCGUGGCGACUUCAGCAAGGACACGCUUACUAUUGCACCAAACAUUAACGUCUCUGCUUUCAUGUUUGGCUGUAGCCAUUAUUCUAAUAUCAAUGUUGGACUUGAAGCUGGAGUUUUGGCCCUCAGCAGAUCCAACUCAUCCAUAGUUUCCCAAACUGCGAAUCAGUUUGAUCAAUGUUUCUCCUACUGCAUCCCUUCCAACCCAUCCUCCAAAGGCUUUUUCGCACUCGGAAAAGAUUACAAUUGUACCACAAAAUUUACCCCUUUGAUUUAUAUAUCACAAUCCCCAUAUAUGUAUUUCAUCACCAUGAUUGCCAUAGCCGUGGACGGACGCAAGUUACAUUUAGACGCAACAGAUUUUGGGGGACCUGGAAACACCUACAUGAACUCCGGCACAACCAUCACCCAACUCCCGAAUAAUGUGUACAAAGUGUUGGCAAGAACAUUUAACUAUUUUAUGAUCAAUGACUACGGAUACUUCAACGCAAAACCGCCAUAUGAUGCCUUAGGCCUCGACUAUUGUUUCGUCCCUCAUCACAAAAAUGUUGUCCCAGUUGUGUCAUUCACCUUUCAGAAUAACGUGCAAAUCGAUUUGAAUUUUUUCGGAACAAUUAUAUUUUACAACAAAUCUCUAAUGUGCUUUGCUUUCGCCGGCAAUGACGAUUAUUCUCCUACUUUCGGCACUACUCAGCAGAAAACAUUCGAGGUCGUGUACGAUGUUGGAAAACAGAGAUUAGGGUGGAUCCAAGGCAUGUGUUAG